CUGCGUAUCACGAAAGAAGAAGUUAACCAUAAUACGAUAAUAGUUUGUUUUUUUUUACUUGGAAUUCAUAAACAUUAAUAUCAAAUCAAGUGUACAGGUUAGUAUGGCUGGAACUGAGGACUACUCGUUCUAUUACAGUUUAGAAAAUUCUCCCUUUUGGAUAAAAAAAGCUGAUUCUGCUGCUUCUGCAGUAACUGAUGGUAGGAUACAACAUGAAAACAAAGCUAUUACGUCGCCGAAAUAUAGAUAUGAUGAUAUGGUUGAUUCAAGUAGAAUCCCAAAUCCCAGUUUUGGUAUUAUGAGACUAGCAGCUGAAAAUCUACUAUGCCAUCCAUUUUUAGUUCUGCGAAGACAGUGUCAGGUUAAUGUAUUUUCUAGAAAAUACCAUACACUACCCUUCAGCUUGGUCCCAGUAGUCAUUAGGUUACACCAAAGACAAAGCAUGACUGUGUUAUGGAAAGGAAUUGGCAGUGCUUUAAUUGUGAGAGGUCUCACAUUAGCCAUUGAGGAUGUACUGAGCAAGAUAACACCAUGGCCAAAAGAAAUUGAUCGCAACAGUUCAUUGAAAGCAAUUGGACACCACAUCCUCUUGAAAAGCGUUUCCCUGGCUGUCGUGAUCCCAUUUUAUGCAGCAAGUGUUGUAGAAACUGUUCAAUCUGAUAUUGCAAGUGAAAAGCCGGGUAUCUUUGAUGUUUUUCAAGAAGGGAUUUAUCGGUUCUUAAGCUGGUCUGCCCCCCAAACAGGUCGAUUGUUACCAAUAUGGAUUAUUUUGUGCCCUGCUGUUUUAUGUGGGACGGUUCAUUACAUCGUCUCAGUGCUUUCAGCAGGAUUGACUCGCUGGGGAAUGACCUCAGCUAAAAAAAGUAAACAGCGUAAACAGGGUGCCCUUUCUAAAGAAGUGAGUUUCGUCGAAGCAAACGAUCUUGACUUGUCUUCAAGAUUUGCUGGGUCGUUAGUGGCGGACGUAAUACUCUUUCCCUUCGAGACAGUUCUCCAUAGGCUGCAUAUUCAAGGAACACGUACUAUUAUUGAUAAUUUGGACACCGGUGCGUCUGUUAUACCAAUUCUAACACGUUAUGAUGGCUUUUUCGACUGCUGGAAUACAAUCACCCGCGAAGAAGGGAGGUGGGGUCUGUACAAAGGGUUGGGGGCGUUAGUUUUGCAAUACGCUCUCCAGCUUAGCAUAAUUAAAGGCUCAUUAUUCACCUUUUACCAUAUGGGAGACUUAUUUAAGCCAAAUCCUGGCAUCCAGCCUGUUUCACCGAGAAAUCAAACUGUCUUAUCCGAUCGUCAAGACAGAAGUCCGAAAGCUUCGCCCGAGCUUCCAAGAGGCUACCCGCUGCAUCAACAAUUUAAUUAGGGAUAGCUAAUCUAGUCUAAUCAACUGUUGUAUAUAUUUAACAGAACCUUUGGGGGAAAAAGCAAAACUCAAACCUGCAGUAGAAAUCUAUUUAGUUUGUUAAACGGUGAAUUUUGGAAAUAAAUGCUAUUACAAGACUGA